AUGAUUGGUCGGUUCAGGAAGAUGAAGUAUCCGGCUUCCUUUAAGGCCAAGCUGGCUGUUGUGGUCUUCUUGACCUUUCUCUGCAAAGGUUUGUGGAGCCAGAAUUCGGAUUAUGUGCUGAAGAUGCCUGCCUUCGUCUCUGUACGUCAAGGCCUCUGGGUUUACGUUCCCUGCAAGUUCACCUUCCCACAUCAGGCCAGGUCUGAAGAACUCCAUGGCUACUGGUUUAAGAAAGAGUCCCACGGCUACCCACCCCGCUUUCAGCCAGGCUGUCUGGUGGCUACCAAUGAUAAAAAGGCAGCAAUUGCAAGAUCUGCUGCAAACCGUUUCCAGUUCAUUGGAGAUCCCAACCAAGGCAACUGUUCCUUCGGUAUUAAGAAUGCCCAGUGGAAGGACGAGGGACAAUAUUACUUCCGAAUUGAACAAGGAAGUUUGAAGUACACUUACGUUAACCACAGCAAUAAAAUCUAUACUUCACCCUUUAUUUCUGUGUUAGGGUUUCCUCAGGUUGUCAAAAUGCUGGCAAACAUAACAAGCCAUGGACAUGCAGCUUUGUGCUCCCAGGAAGCAAAAGGGAAUGUGGACGUAGCAGUGGCUCGAGAGGGUGAAAGCAUCAGCCUGCACUGUGAGGCAGAGAGCAGACCUGUCCCCACCAUAAGCUGGAGGAAGGAGAACGAGACCCUCAACUGCACCAGGCAGGGCGAGGAGUGCGUUCUCUUGCUGUCCGAUGUCAGACCAGAGGAUGCUGGGGAGUAUCAGUGCCAGGCAGAAACUCCCUAUGGCUCAGCCAAGAAGACCCUGUGGUUGUGUGUGCAAUAUGGGCCCAGGCUCAACAGCCCCCAACAAGCUUCCACGUGUCGGCGUGAGGACAAUGACCUCUGGUGCACUUGUUCUUUGCACUCCUGGCCUCCACCCCGGAUCCAGUGGCGAGUGGAUGGGGAGACCAUCAACCAGAGCAUCCCCAGACAGGCACCGUGGGUCACUUUCGAAGCCCAGGGGAAUCAGCUCACCAGCAUCCUCAACUGGACUGGGACUCAGAACGGGGACCACAACAUCAUCUGUUUUGCGACCAAUCCUUCCGGGGCCCACACCCUUCAGUUUGUUCUCAGUUCCUCCACAACAAGAGCUCAUCCCAACAUCCUGAUCUCUGCUUUCUGUGGGCCUUUGAUCACAGCCAGCCUCUUCUUGCUAGGAAUGUGCCUGAUUCGGUUUUCAAGGCAAGAGUCAUGGCCUGCC